AAGGGGGAAUCUGGACACCCUCUCUGAAUAGAAGAGGACCCUCUGCAGGCAGGCCGUAGGUUGUUUUGUUUUUUUCCUCAUCUCAAUGUGUUUUUUACCAAAUGGAAGCAGAGGUGUUGAACCCCCAGAUGAUGGCAGACGUCAAUGGCAACAAUAAAAUCACCAGCGCGGAGCUCGAGGUGUUGAAGCUGCAGGAAUUAGUGCGAAAAUUGGAGAAGCAAAACGAACAAUUGCGGACUCGAGCGAACGCUGUAAACAAUUGCUCCAUCGGCCCCCAUCUUCAGACCUCGUUGUCGUGUCUGCACGGGGGUACGGCGUGCGUAAGCGACAGUUUCUCCACCAAAUAUGACGUUUCUAGUCCGACACAGUCGCAUGCGGGUGUCCUCUCACCUCGAGGUUCGGCGGAGGAGCCUUUCGCCUAUUUUCAGCCGAGCUCGGUGUCUCCUGAUGCCGCUGUGGAGGACAGCGGCGCCGCUGGAGACACAACUGUUUUGGAUGAGGUUGAGAUUUUGGACCUCAACGCCGUGCUCCCUGUCAGAGAGCCUGAUAGCUGGCUGUACGUGAGUCCCAAAGCUAAGCUGCAGGGUGAGAGCGCCCUCAGCCCUCUCCAGUGGUGCAGGCAGGUACUGGACCACCCGGGUCCUGAGGUGGAGCUCGCUAAGAUGACCCUCUGUCACAGACUGGAUCAAGCGAAGCGGUGGCGAGGAGUGUCCUCCAUCCGUCCGUACAGCUGCAUAGAGGGGCUCUCCACCCUCAGCUGCCCCAUCCCCUACACUAAACCUGCUACACUAACUGAGUCUCAGGCACCAUUGCCAUCAUCUGGUCAGUCCUAUCUCCAGCCGAAUCUCCCUCUCAGGACCAGCUGCGGCCUCAGUGACAGAACACCCACCUUCUUAUCAAACUCUACUCUCCACAACGUGGGUCGUCGGCAUGCAGCAGUUACCCCUCAGUCUUCCCUGGACAGCGAGGCGGGUGUGUCAGAACUGGAAGAUGACUCGAUCUCUAUGAGCUACAAACUGCAGGACAUGACAGACGUGGAGGUCAUGGCACGACUUCAGGAGGAGAGCCUCCGACAAGACUACGCCUCUACCUCAGCCACAGCCAGCCGUCGCAGCUCCAGCUUCUCCUUGCACUCCCUCAGGCGCAGUCAGAUGGAUCUUGAGGAGGAGGACGAGGAGGACGAGGGUUACGACCAGCUCCCACCUCCCCAGCCUCGACUGUUCCGCACCGGGUCUAUGCAGCGGGGCAGCCUGCCCCACUCUCACACCUUCUCCAGUAUCAGAGACUGCAGACGCAGCUCAACCACCCAUCAGUUUUCACUCAGUGGACACUCACAGUACUCUGGACCCUCCAGCCUGAUCACAGAGACACACACAGCGUACACAAAUAGCACAGACAAGCUGCGAAGAAGCAUGCCCAACCUGAUCCGAGCUCCCAGCAUGCCUAGUGUCCCCAGUAUUCCGUGCCUGGCUUCCCCUGUCAACCCACUCUCCCAUGGCCCCUCCUCUUUGCCAACGAUGCCCUCCCUGCGGAGCAGCCAGAGCUUUGACUCAUCCAGUGGGCUUGCACGACUCCAGUCCUCCAUUCCUUCCCCAGGCCAACUCAGUCAGCGAGUCCAGAGCGUUGGGAAUUUCCCUACAGCACCACGACACCCGCUAAAAGCCACAGCCUACGUUAGCCCCACAGUCCAGCAGGGUCCCACCUCCACCUCUCUGUCCACCUCUACCAGUCUAAACUCCAUCUCCAGCAGUGCUGCGCUGCCUCAGCUCCUCAAACCCAGCAGCAGCAGCAUGCUCCCACAGGCCCUAAAACCCACCAGCACCAACCAGUUGGCUGUCCCGCGCAGUUCCCUCCCUCGACCAGCCUCCUUUAUAGGAACAAGUGGAGUUCCACGUCCAAGUAAAAUCACCCAACCCACACGCAGUUUGCUUACUCCUCCAAAGAGCCUAGCUGCUCUGAGUGCCCUAAGGGACGGCAGCUGGAAAGAUGGCUGCUACUGAACCCAAAUAAGCUGAAAUUUGAGAGGCGCACAGGGUAACGCUGUAUGGGAACCAACUGAUUUAAAAUGUCUCUGUCAGGAGGUCCCUAGACUCGGGCUGUGACCCCGUGAGAGUGACUGUUAACAUGAAUAUAAGCACUACUCUUUGCUGAAGGACAAAGUAAAGACCGAUUAGCUACAGGUCCAGCAGGCUGGAUCUUAACCUUACUACCCGCUGAAACAGAUCGACACACUAUAAAGCAACCAGGCAAUACUCUGAUAAUCAGCUGUUAAAUGUGAAAUGGAUCCUCUCUGAUAUGUGUUUCUUGGUUUGUCGUUGUUUAAUCUUUCAUUCAGCAGAAUAAACAUUUCUCUCCAACUGAAAGCUUAGAAAAACAAUAUAUUCCAUGCUUUUGUACAUGCUUUUAAUGAUUUCAUAUGACUAGUUUUGGAAGUACUAUUUUUUUCAGACUGUGGUGUCAGAUAUGAAGAUGAACCUGAAGUUGGAAUUUUGCUACUUCCCGUGCCUGUAAAAAUAAUUUUUAAAAAGUAAAGCAAUGUAAUUUAUGUUAGUUAUAGUUAAUGGCUGGACCUUGCAGCACUUUGGAUCAGAAUUAUGAUUAACACAUCCAAAUAAACAAUCUCCUUGUUUGCUUAGUUUUUUUUGGAGUAUGACAUUCAUUAAUGCCAGUGUACACAUUUUAUCUUUUGGCUGGUUUCUUUUUAUUUGAUGUUUACAUUCAGUUUUGAAAUGUUCUUUGAUAAGCAUAACCGCUGCAGUGAUAUUGCACAAGGAGCCCACAUGCUUUUAAUGGAUGGCAAGAAGUUAAAGAAG